CUUUACUGCAUGCUUCAACCCAUAUAAUCUGUUGCAUCUGGCUUGAGCUAAUUAGUUACUCGACAUGGAGAAAGCUCACACAAAGUCUGCACUCAAGCUUGUUAAGGCCAGCUCACAGUCUGCUGUUCAAUGGAGCAAUACUGCUAGAGGAAUGGCAAAAGAUGAACUCAAUAAGGAUAGACUCUAUGACAAAUCCAAGCCUGCUCCAAAGCCUCUUGCAAAGGAAAAUACAAAGCCACAAGAAUUCAAACUCCAUACUUCUCAGAGAGCUUACAAACGUGCAAUGUUCAACUAUUCUGUUGCAACUAAGCUGUAUCUGAAUGAGCUACAAAAGAAACAAAUAGAGAAGAUCCAAAAGAUCAUAGAAGAGGAAGAGGUUCGCAUGCUUAGGAAGGAAAUGAUUCCAAGAGCUCAGUUGAUGCCUUUCUUUGAUAGACCUUUCUUUCCACAAAGAUCAAACAGGCCUUUGACAAUACCAAGAGAGCCAAGUUUCCACAUGUUGAACAGCAAGUGUUGGAGCUGCCAAUCUGCUGGCCAUGAACUUUACCAUUUUCAACAUGCUCAAGCUUGGAGCAAUUAGCUGAAAUUCUUGGUGCUGUUUCCCUCUUUGUACAACAUAUCUAGUCAGAUAAAAAUUUUCCCCUUUUUUUCUGUUUCUUUUUUUUUUUUCCCCUUUGAGUGUGUUGAUAUAUAGUGUAGCUACAUGGUAUGUAGAUCUCUUAGUUGGCUGUCAUAUAGCCAGAUCAAACCCCCCCUUUCAAUGGGUUACGAUUAGUGUACUUGAUUUUCACAUACCAAUAAUCUGUACUGUAUUUUGUACCUAAUUUUUGUGUCAUUAAAGUGAAUAGUUAUAUCCUCACACCAUA